AUGGCCUCACGAUCGUUGGGCGAGCUUCUGCUCCGCCCUUCCAACUUCACACGGAUACCGCACACCUCGAGCCGGACAACACCGUCAUGGACAUGUCAACGAGCGAUUUCGCACACACCGAGAUGCUUUGCGCAGCAACCACUGCCAAAGAACGACGACGAGCACUACGUACCCGAACGGGAAGCUCAACGGCCGCAAGCCCGCUACAUGCCUGAGCGGGAGGCCGCAGCACCACAACCUCGGCCACAGCCCACCACGCAAAGAAAUACUACACAGACGAUGGACGCUCUCCUCGGCAGCAUGCCCCGGAACGCAGGGUCUAACCCACCAACAAACCGCGUCUUCGGCGAGGAGUUUGCAGGCUCCGGCAGCAGACGACCUGGUAGGAGGCCAGGCCUGGAUUUCAGCCAAAUGGCGACGACCGAUGGAAUGCUAAAUCCCACCCUCGCCAACAAACCCUCCGAGGCGUCACCACUCGCUGUACAACAAGAAGAGACAUUUGCCCAGUUCCCGCGCUUGAACCCCGCAUAUGGACGCACUGUAGAGUUGGAUGUCAACCGAGGACGGGAUAUUGUGAGGGGCAUCGGCAUGUUGGGAAGUUUGAUGGCAAGGAACAAGGUCAAGAGCGACUUCAACAAGCAAAAGUUCCACGAAAGAGGCGGACUGAAGCGGAAGCGGUUGGCAUCUGAGCGGUGGAGAGCGAGGUUCCGAAAGGGUUUCCAGGACGUCACAAACCGCGUGACAGAAUUGACGAGGAAGGGAUGGUAG